AUGGAGCUGCCUUUGGCAAGAGCAGCGCUUCAACGCGGGUUGGACGAGGGUCUGCACUAUGGCGCCCAGCUGGCCGUGAUCUUCCGUGGGGAGGCAGCAUCGGUGUGUGUUGGCGAGGCUUCCGAAGGGCGGCCUCUGGCGGAGGACGCGGUGCUCUGCUGGAGCUCCUCGGUGAAGCCCCUGAUGGCCAUAGCCCUCGGCUUGCUCCAGGAGCGCGGGAGGCUCAGCUUCGAGGAUCCCGUGGCAAAGCACUUGCCGGCUUUCGGCAAGGAAGGGAAGGCUGACAUCACUCUCCGCCACUGCUUGACCCACACCGCGGGGCUCUUCGCCUCGACGAUGGAGGGCCAGCCACGACUCCGCGAGGAUGCCCCCCCGGACGAGGUGCUCAGACACAUCUGCGACCAGCCCACAGCCGAGGGCUGGCAGCUCGGCCGACGAUGCGCUUACGACAGCCCCGCAUGGUACGUCAUGUCCGGGGUGGCUACAGCUGCCGAUCCCGAGCAUCGCGCCUACGAGAAGUUCGUGCAGGAAGAGAUUUUCUCCCCCCUCGGCAUGUCCAGCUGCUCAAUAGGCAUGCAGCCUGAGCGGAGAGCACGGCUGGAGUCGUCAGAUUUGCUGGCGCCUUUGUACCUCCGAGGGCCAAAGGCCCCUCCUUGGAGGGUUCUUCCCGAGGAGAAGAAUCGCCGGAAGGUGGAGUACCCCUGCCCAGCGGGCAACGGCCGCGGGCCAGCCAAGGAGCUUGCUGCCCUCUACGCUUCGCUACUGCCCGGGGCACCCGGGCCUCUGCUCCAACCCGAGACCGUCCGGCAGAUCACGGCUGUGGCGCGGGAAGGCAUCUACGACGAGCUGCAGGGGGUAGACACUCCAUGGUCGCUGGGCUUCGCGGUGAACUGCAUCCUCUCAGGACGGCAUGCCUCGCCAAACGCAUUUGGCCAUGGUGGUUCGCAGAGCUCCUGGGCAUUUGCAGACCCCGAGCAUGGCCUGGCGGUGUGCUGCCUCUGCAACGGCAAACCCGGCCCGGAUCUGCACUACAAGCGGGUGGGCGCAGUCAGUACGGCCGUCUAUGAG